AUGAAGCCUGAGAAUGGUCCCUUGGUAGAUUACAAAAGGUCCUCCGCACAUGUAGGAAACAUGUACGCACACAUCUUGGAGGAUUUCCUGCAGGAGGCCUCACAGCAACUGGCAGAGGAAUUUGGCCUUGUGGGCUCUGUCGAAUUCCGUUGCCAAGAUGCGCUUGAAGCUGACGUGUCUCAAGCAGGGCUCGUCUGGCUGAACACGUACGCGUGGCCUGCCGAUCUAAAGCAGCGUGCAGUUCAGAAGCUUCUGCAGGAGUUGCCUCCAGCUUCCAAAGUCGUAAGCUACGAACCAAUUCCGGCAGAAGACCUUACAUGCGAGGGCCGGGAACUGCGCCAAGAAGCAUCUGUGGACCUGGAGGCAUCCUGGGACCCAGAUCUGACGGCAGAAGCUGCUCAGCUGAAAGUAAUGAUAAAAUGUGUGCAGGCCGAAAUCGAGGUGUAUGUCCUGGAGCAAAAGAGAGUGGGAGAUGCUGGGGUCUAG